AUGGCGGAGCAAGGGAACGAGCAGAGGGAAGAGGAGAACCAACGCCUCGACGCUGCCAUCGCAGCCAAGCAAGAGCAACUCGCGGCACUGCAGCACCAGGUCGAGCAGCGCGAAAAACGCCUGGCCGCCCUCGAACUCCGGCUUCAACUCGUCGAGGGGGCGGAGCAGCCGGCCAAGUCCGCCGCCGCGGGCCAGGGGCAGGGCACCAGGGUGGUCAGGCUCGACGUGGGCGGGCGCCACUUCACCACGAGCCUCGCAACCCUCACCUCGGAGGCCGACUCCAAGCUGGCGGCCAUGUUCGACCACCACGAGCUCGAGCCGCAGGGCACCAACGACGGUCGCGUGUUCAUCGACCGCGACCCCGUCACGUUCGCGCUCAUCCUCGACUGGCUGCGCACCUCCGACCCGCCGACGGGCCUGAGCGCGGACCUGGAGCGGCGGCUCCGGCGCGACGCCGCCCACUACGGCCUUGCGCGCCUG